AUGGAGGGCAUCACAUUCCUCACGCAGGAGCAGGCGCAGAAGCUGGAUGAGGAGCUGAUGGGGCCGCUGGGCUUCUCAGUGGACCAGCUGAUGGAGCUGGCGGGGCUGUCUGUUGCGUCAGCCGCUGCCACCGAGUACCCCGUCAGCACACACCCGCGGGUGCUCGUGGUGGCGGGGCCGGGCAACAACGGCGGCGACGGCCUGGUGGCGGCGCGCCACCUCCAUCACUUCGGGUACUCAGUCACCAUCUGCUACCCCAAGCCCACCGACCGCCCCCUGUACAACGGUCUGGUCACGCAGUGCCGUUCGCUGGGCAUCCCGUUUGUGAGCGCUCAGGACCUGCAAGAGGUCCCUCUGGCUGAGCGGUGCGAUGUGGUGCUGGAUGCCAUGUUUGGCUUCUCCUUCAAGGGCGCCCCUCGCCCUCCCUUUGACGCGCUCAUAGAGCCAGCCUGCGGCCCGGACCUCGGCCUGCUGUGGAAUGUGGAGGCGGGGGAUGACAGUGGGGAGGGGCUCAGACCCGACAUGCUCAUCUCCCUCACUGCACCCAAGCUGUGCGCCCAACAGUUUAGCGGAGGCCACCACUACCUCGGCGGCCGCUUUGUGCCGCCCCAGAUCCGAGACAAGUACCGGCUGCAGCUGCCGCCCUACCCAGGCGUCAGCCAGUGCGUGCGCAUCGGCGGCUCCGCACGCUGCGCUGCCGCCGGGCCCGCCAACGUGGCAGACAUGCGCAUGACCUAUGGGACAGCGGGGCAGUCCCUGGAUGAGGCAGACAUGGCCACGGCGGGGCCCAUUGAGGAGUUUGAUGCCUGGUUCAAGCUGGCCGCCAGCUGCGGCCUCAAGGAGCCCAACGCCACGGCCCUGGCCACGUCAGACGCCGCCGGCCGGGUGUCUGUGCGCUACGUGCUGCUCAAGGGCUUCGACUCCCGCGGCUUUGUGUGGUAUACCAAUUACGACAGCUUCAAGGGCCACCAGCUGGAGGCCAACAGCUCGGCGGCGCUGGCCUUCUGGUGGGAGCCUCUGCAGCGCCAGGUGCGGGUGGAGGGCGUGGUGGAGCGAGUCCCCGAGGAGGAGAGCGACGCCUACUUCAGCAGCAGGCCGCGCGCCAGCCAGAUCGGGGCGCUGGUGUCCAUGCAGUCCACGCCGCUGCGCCACGGGCGGCGGGAGCUGGAGGAGCGCGCCGCCCGGCUGGAGGCGCAGUACAGCGACGAGAGCGUGGCGGUACCGCGGCCGCCGCACUGGGGCGGCUACCUGCUGCGCCCGCUGCGCGUGGAGUUCUGGCAGGGCCGCCCCAGCCGCCUGCACGACCGCCUGCGGUACGUGCGCGGUGCCGUCGACUCCGACCAGUGGCGCUUGGAGCGGCUGGCGCCCUGA